GUCUUUUAAAUUUGCACUGUCAUCUAGGUAGAUGAAUUCUUUCUUAUACACUGGCUGCAAAUAAAUGUGAAAAAGGGAAAAAUCAAAUAUCAGUGUAAAGCAUAACGGACAUAAAAAUUGUGACUUCAAAGCCGUAGAAAGUGUGUUGGAAUGGCACUUUUUAAAUUAACAGUUGUUGCCGUACUUUUUAGUGCCGUCACUGCCAAAGGUUAUCUAAGAGUAUGUUAUUACUCCAACUGGGCACAAUAUCGUCCCGUGCCUGCAAAGAUGACGCCAGACAAAAUUGACCCAAAACUGUGCACCCAUCUCAUUUAUGCUUUCGCCGAACUAGAUUCCAAUUCUGAGCUUAGCUUCACUGAAUGGAAUGAUGGAGACAUGGUUAAGGUAUUUAGUGGUCUCAAGGCGAAGAACCCUGACCUUAAAACGCUUCUUGCUGUUGGUGGAUACAAUCAAGGCAGUACACCGUUCUCUGACAUGGCAGCCAGUAGUUAUAAGCGAUCCAAGUUUGCUCGUACGGCUGUUGAUUUCUUGAAGACUUGGGGUUUUGAUGGACUCGAUCUAAACUGGGAAUUCCCCGGCGGAAAAGGGGGAAGAAAGAGGAAAGAUAAGAAAAACUUUAUUUCAUUGAUAAAGGAGCUGAGAGAAGUGUUUGAUUCCUCUAACUACAACAAACUUUUACUUACCGCUGCGUUGCCUGCCGGGAAAGUACAAAUCGACACCGGCUAUGACAUAGCAAAAAUGGCAAAAAAUCUGGAUUUUGUCAGUCUUAUGUCCUAUGACUUUAAUGGAGACUGGGACGAUGUAGCGGGUCAUAAUAGUCCUUUAUAUCCGAGAGAUUCUGAAACGGGAGAUGACCGAAGGAAAAAUGUUGACUGGGCAGCUACGUAUUUCAUAGAGAAAGGGAUUCCGAAAGAAAAGUUAAUAAUAGGUUUACCUACUUAUGGCCGCCACUAUAAGCUCUCCGAUAAGUCCAACUAUAAUAUUAGCGCUCCUAUCAAACGUGCUGGCACGAAAGGUCGUUAUACAAAGGAACCAGGCUUUCUGACUUUUUACGAGGUGUGCAAGUUGUUAGGUGACGGCAAGAGAGUGUUUGAAACGACGCAGAAAGUCCCGUAUCUGAUACACAUGGACCAUUGGAUAGGAUACGACGAUGAAGAGAGCUUUGAAUUCAAGCUUACAUAUAUAAAAAAGAAAGGAUUUGGUGGAGCCGCGGUGUGGACUAUUGAUAUGGAUGACUUUGGUCAACUUUGUCCAGGUUCUAAAGAACGACCAGCGUUCCCUUUGAUAAGCCUAAUGGCGGGCAUGUUAGGAGAGAAUGCACAAGAUGAUAUGCCAGAAGAAUAUGGGGGAGAUACUGACGGAAAUGAAGACCAACGGGGCAUCAACAAUCCUUCAAGUCAACGUUGUGAAUAUGCGAAGAAUAAUAACUGUUCGGCUGAAAGAAGGGAAAUGUCAAACUCGAAAACGCCAAAUGUUCGCACACUUCUGGAUAAACUUAAGAUUAGAAUGUCUGAAUUAGAUUUGCCAUACGAUACAGACACCGACUCUUCCGAAACAGACUUGUGGCACUUUGAAAACUCGGAAAGGGAUAUGUUAGACCUAGAACAAACCGAUCAAUACUUGGAAAACCCGGAUAGAGACUUGUCGGAUCGGGACAGCCAAGAAUUGCUCGACAUGGACAGUUCAUACUAUGAUCCACAAGACUUGGACAGUAGAGAUUUGGAUUCAUCAGAAGAAGAUUAUAUCUUUUAACUAGACAUUUAUGAUUAUUGUCAACAUAAAUUUUCCACAUGUAUAAUGUAAACAUAAUGAAUUUGAUAUUGAUGAAAAAGUUGGAUUGGAUAACCACAAUAAUUUGCCUGCUGAUUGAAAAGACAACAGAAACAGGCUUGUAACACAUUUGAAUGCUGCAUUGCUUGAAAAUUCCGUGUGUUUUAAAUUUUAAUAGACAUUACAAUAUUCAGUCAUAUGUGAAUAAAAAUAACGUUUUACAUAAAAUGUAACCCAGAGGUAAAUUGGUCCACUUAUA